AUGGCGUAUGGUGUGGAGGACAAUUCGACUGCGGCCGAGCUGUACAGCAAGGUGCGGAUCCUGUGCUGGGUCAUGACGGGCCCCAGCAACCUGGAGACCAAGGCCCGGCACGUCCAGGCCACGUGGGCGCGGCACUGCAAUGUGGUGCUGUUCAUGAGUUCGGUGCGGGAUGACGGCUUCCCCGCCGUGGGGCUGGAUGUCAAAGAAGGCCGGGACCAGCUGUACUGGAAAACCAUCCGGGCCUUCCAGUACGUCCACCAGCACCACCUGGAGCAGGCCGACUGGUUCCUCAAGGCGGACGACGACACCUUCGUGGUGCUGGACAACCUGCGCUGGCUGCUGGCCAACCACACGCCUGAGGAGCCCGUCUACUUCGGGAAGCGCUUCAAGCCCUUCGUCAAGCAGGGCUACAUGAGUGGCGGGGCCGGCUACGUCCUCAGCAAGGAGGCCCUGAGGCGCUUCGUGGAGGGCUUCAGGACCCAGGUGUGCACUCACACCAGCCCAGUGGAGGACCUGGAGCUGGGCAAGUGCAUGGAGAAGAUGGGGGUGCAGGCAGGGGACUCCCGGGACACCAAGGGGCAGGAGACCUUCCACCCCUUCCCCCCAGAGAGGCACUUGAUGGAGAAUCUCCGGCUUGAUCGCUAUUAUCCCACCUACUCCUUCUACCCCAUCCUGCUGGGUGCCCAGAGCUGCUCGGAUUUAUCCAUCUCCUUCCACUACGUCAGCUCGGAAGAGAUGUACCUGUUGGAAUACUUGAGCCGACACCUGCGCCCGCAUGGAUACCAGCCCCGCUACCAGCCAGCUCUAAUGGCCUGGAACCGCACAGCGCCCAGGGAGGGGUGACUGGCGGGGGCUCUGCGGAAGGACACCAGCGAAGGGGGCUGAACCCCAAGGACCGGGUUACACCAGCGGCGCUUUAGAACCAGUGCGAGAUGCUCAGUGCCUGGACCCACGGUGCCAGGGGGUGUAUACAUGCAACAGAGGGGAGGGAGGGGGUAUUUGGCGCUGGAGCGUGAGCUCAGAGCAGAGAUAUGGGUUGGGGGGGGCUCUCAGGCAGGGCACCUCAGUGGGUUUGGGGGGAGGGUGUUCUUGGGCACAACCCCUGAGGGAGUUUGGGGAGCCCCCAGCUAAGGGGGGGCAGAUCCUGUCUACAUAUAAGGUGUCCAAUCAUCAUUACAAACCUCCCUUCUCUUUAGCUACCUCCGGGUGAAACGAGGGUUUGUCCUUGGUGGGGGAAGCCCACUGCACUGAUCACAGGGGGCGGGUGUGGGCACGAGGCGCCCAGGGCCUCUCAGCGAUGGGGGAUCGAGCCAGCUGGCGGACACAUCCCCAGGACAGGCAGCGUGUAUCCCGGUGGCCUUCCUUAGGGGCUGCCAGGCUGUGGGGCCCAUUCGGGCCACGGGCUCUCUGCUGACCCAGUCCCCAAGGGAGCAGGUGCUGCUAAUGGGAAGGCUCCGUUUCCCGUCAGCCCCCACCCUGUCCCUGCCAGUCUGCCCUUUGCUGCCUGAGCUGGCAGGCCCCUCUGCCCACUGCUCACGGGGAUGCUGGGGCAGCGCCAGCGUGCGCUAACCUCGGUGCCUGCGAGAAUCCACUCGCUGGCCGCUCUGGGGCCCCGGCGGCAAAUUCCCAGCUGCUCCCGCCAAGGUCAUAAGCGGCCGGGGGAGGCUCAGGACACGGUGCCUGGUUCCAGCAGGGGGCAAGGCAGCGACCCAAGCCCUGCCUCCCCCACCCCCCGGCAGCUUCAGAACCCCGCUGCCACCCUUCCGAUUUUCUCUGCUCGGGCCACGCGGGGCUGCGGGUGGUUCCUGCUGCUCGGCCACGGAGCCCUCGGCAGCCACGGCACGAAGCUGAGUCCGCGCCUCCCACAGCUUCGCUGGGACACUUCCCUGUGGGCAACCAAAACGCUGCUGCAGAGAGAGCUACAGGGGUCCUGUUCCCCCCCAUCUCCCCUGCCUGAUGCCCCCCCAGCCCCUGCUUGCUCUGCAGAAAUAACCAGGCACACGCUACAGCUCUAAAUCUGACAUUGUUACGUACUUACAGUUACAAUCCAAGAGAUUAAAACGCUGUACACGGCCACUGGUGUGAGUGCCGGCUGGCCAUGCCCCCCACCCCCCACACACACACACGCCCCUCCGCCCCGAUCCAGCCACGCCCAGGGGACCCAGGCUGCUUCCUCCCCCAGCCUCCCAGACCCCCCACUUCGCUGCCAACGUCCGCUACCCGCCUCCCAAGGGGUAAAGCCAUUGCGAUGCCACGCAGGCCGCUCAGUGACCUCCCCCUCCGGUUCAGACUGGUUGCCCCGACCCCUGGAGCCUACGGCAGCGCUGGUAGUUGGAGGGACGGGGCAGCGUCCCUGCCCCCUAGGCCUGGCUCUGGCCCCCCGGGGCCACCGCAGAGAGGGAGGGCAAGACUUCCUUUGUGCAACACGGUAGCCGUACAUUCAUGAACUGAGCCGCUCUGCUGGUUUGGAAGAACGGGGGGAGCUGGGGGCCGAUUGCGGGCCCAGCGGAGAGCAAUGGAGCUCUCGGCCCUCUAAACUCACAGUUGGGCCCAGCCACCGGCCUGGACCCCCCCGGCCCCCGAAGAUCAACCCCCGCCCAGGCCUGGAAUUAAAGCAAGAAACAGCGGGAGCGGCUUUCAACUCCGCAUGGGGGGUAACGUGCCAGCCAGUGCCCCAGGCAGCGGCAGGGAUGGCCGACUGGUAUGUGUGUGUCUGCGGGGGUCUGUAGUACCCUGA